AUGGCGCAGCGAAGUGACAAGAAGAACACCCCAAUCGACAGGCACAAAGUGUUCGUCCGAAACAUCCGAGAAAAUGAUGUAGCCCCCCUGGAGGAAAAGUUUAAAAAAAUUUGCACCAAAUAUUUCUUCUUUAAAAAUAAAAACAACACCACGAAAAGUGCCAUCUGUUCCUUCAAAACAGAUCAGGAGGCAGCAGAUUUUAUCCAAAAGUACCACGACAAGAAAAUACAAACCAGCAACAUAAAAUGUGAAUUUGCCUUCAGGAAAAAGUACAACGAUAAAAAAUUAAUCUCCAUCACAUACAGACGACAUAAAAUUAACCACUUCAACUCAAUCCAAUUGUACACCAACUGUGAUGUCGACACUAUAGUCGUCUUGAGCUACUUGAAAAAUCUCUUCCUCCUGAACAGACGCCUGUUGGUAAAAAGCUUAGAUGAAAAUGAUCAGCGGAUUGAUAGGGACGAAGAUCAUUCAGAGGAGGCCACACAAGACAGUGAUGGUAAUGGGGACGGUGACGGAGAUGGCGAUGGGGAUAAGUCUAACCAACCCAAUCAUAGGGACGACGUCCAAGUCGUUGUCGAAAAAAAACUUAAAGAGUUUGAAGAAAUUGUCCUAAAUAUUGAAAAAACAAACAGAAAUUUAGAUAACAGAACGAGGCAAAAAUUAAUCGCAAAAAUGUCCAAUAAAAAUAAAGCGCUAAGUAAAAAUUGCUUCGUCUACACGGUUGAAUUUGUAAAUUUAAAAUUGGCUGCCCAGUUCUACACAUAUAUUAACAGAAACAAUUUUUUAAAUUACCUGGAAGAUAACGGUAAAAAUGGUGGAAAAAAAGAUGUCCUUUUUUUUCACGAGCUGUGCUACUUCAGCAAAAACAACAGGAGAGUCAUCGUAAAAAAUAUUAAGCGGACGUGCCAUGUGGAAAAUUUACAAAAGCUAUUCAGACAUAUAGAAAAGGAUCCAUCAAUUUAUAUUCCAAAGAAGAAUAAUAAAAAACAGGGCUACGCCUUGGUUACCUUCUCCAGCUACCAAAAAGUGAAGAAGGCUCUUCUGUUGAACAAAUCCAGGAUGUGUGGAAGCACCAUCACCGUAGAGGAGGACAGGAAUCCGCAGCUCCUCAAACUGCUUGGUGUGCAGGAGACCAACGCUCGGGAGGGAAGCCACCAAGGAGGAGACAACAGAGGGAAAGACAAAGGGGCAGACAAACAGGUCGAUGAAGACAGAAGCGACGGCGGGACAGACGAUGGGGAGGGAAGCUACGAUGGGACAGACGAUGGAGAGGGAAGCAACGAUGGGACAGACGAUGGAGAGGGAAGCAACGAUGGGACAGACGAUGGGGAGGGAAGCAACGAUGGGACAGACGAUGGGGAGGGAAGCAACGAUGGGACGGACGAUGGAGAAAGAAACGGCAAGCCAACCCACCACUUCACGAGCGACGUCGAGGAAGGGAAGACGCUGUUCAUCACGAACAUUCCGAUGGGGACUAACGACGAAGAAGUUCAGAACUACGUCGCCAAGAACAUCAGCAAAAAUUACAUCUACAUAAGGACAUGCAGGAACAGCGGGAAAAAAAUUUUCGCCUUUGUGAAGCUGAUGCACAAAGAGGAUGCAGACACAUUUUUGAAAAAAAUUGGGGAGUACGACGAGGAGAAGGAGGACGACGAAGAAGAAGAUGAAAUCCAAAUCGAAGAAAAAAACGAAAACGUAAUUGACAAAUUUUACAAGAUGAAGAAGAAAAAAAAGGAAAGAAUGAAACAGAUUCUGCUUAAAGAUCAUAACAGUGGAAAAAAUGCCGAAAUUUUAUUUUUCAAAAAUAAUUAUUUAAUGAUCAAGAGGGCGGUCAGUAAGGACUUCAUAAAGGAUAAAAAGAAAAUUCCUAUGCAGGAAGAAAAAACAAAAAAACAGAAAAACAGACUGCACAAUAACAUCCACCUGGUAGAGGACAAUAACAUAAACAAUGAUCACCUGGGAGAAAACAUAAUCAAAAGAAACAACGAUUUGAUGGGAAAAAAAAAGGAGCUCUUAAAAAAUAAAAACUUCCUGAUAAACCCGUGCAGAAUAUACGUUCGCAACUAUCCAGCCUCUUUGGAACAAAAUUUAUUCAGGCAAUUGAUAACGAAAUAUUUCACCCCCCUAUUUAUGGAAAAGCACAAUUUAAAAAAAAAAGAAGCGUUCCAGAGAGCCAAUGAAAUUAUUAAGAAAAUGAAAAUUAUGAAAGAUCACACAGAGAAGAAAGAACCAAUGCAAAAUGAGGAAAAAAAUAAAAAAUUAAAAGAUAAAAAGAAGAGUAGCAACAAAAAUGGACAAAAUUUGAUAUGCUUUAUCGACAUUAACAAACAUGAACAUGCCAAGCAGAUAAUUCACUUGCUCCAAAAUAGGAAUAUUUACCAACUGCUUAACGAAAUAAUCUACAAAAAAAAGUUUCACAUCAUUCGCAAAAAUAAAAACAUCAUGUAUGUCGAUUACUGCAUUGAAGACAUACGGAUGGUGCAUAUCAAAAAAUUAAAAGAAGAAAAAUUUUUAAGUCACAUAAGGCAAAAAAAUGGAGCGGCAACGGACUCGUUGACCAAAAAGACUAUUAAGAAAAAGAAAAAAAAAGAAAGCAGGGGAAAAAGGCAACGGGAAAAAAGACGCCUUCUAAAAAUGCAAAACGAAAAUACAAACAUCGCUCAUGUGAUUAGAAGCACAUCGUCAAUCCAUGUGCAACAGUCGAAUGGGGCAACUGGGCAGGAAAAAAAAAACGCCCAAACGAAUGGCGCACAAAAAAUCGGCGCAACGAAGAAAAAGUCAAAGUUGAAGGAAAAGCACCCCAACCAGGGUGCCCAUUCCAACGAGGCGAGCAAAAAAAAGAAAGGCGCCUUCCAAUCCGGGGAAAAAAAAGAAAAUACAAAAAAAAAGACGAGCAAGAAGUUAAUCAAAAAGGCCGCGAAAAAAUCUGCAACCAAAAAGGAUAAAGAAAUUGUAACCAAAUGA